AUGGCAGGUCAAGCUGGAGUUUCCGUUGUGCUCGGAGCCCAAUGGGGUGACGAGGGCAAGGGCAAGCUGGUCGAUAUUCUCGCUGCUGAAGCUGAUAUCUGCGCUCGUUGCGCUGGCGGUAACAAUGCCGGCCACACCAUUGUCGUUACCAAUGACCAGGGUGAAAAGGUCAAGUACGCCUUCAACCUCCUCCCUUCGGGUCUCAUCAACCCCAAGGUCCAGGCCUUUAUCGGCUCGGGCGUCGUUGUCCACGUCCCCUCGUUCUUCAAGGAGCUCGAGGCUCUCGAGGACAAGGGCCUCCAGGUCGCUGAGCGCCUGUUCAUCUCGGACCGCGCGCACCUCGUGAUGGGCUUCCACCAGGUCGUCGACGGCCUCAAGGAGGUCGAGCUCGGCCGCGGCUCGAUUGGCACCACCCGCAAGGGCAUUGGACCAACCUACUCGUCCAAGGCUUCGCGCUCGGGUCUCCGUGUCCACCACCUCUACGACCCCACGUUCCCCGACCAGUUCCGCAAGCUCGUCGAGGGCCGUUUCAAGCGUUACGGCCACUUUGAGUUUGACACCGAGGGCGAGAUCAAGUCGAUGCUCGAGUUUGCCGAGCGUCUCCGCCCCCACGUCGUUGACGGCCCUACCUGGCUCCACAAGCAGCUCCAGGCCGGCAAGCGCGUCCUCGUCGAGGGUGCCAACGCCCUCAUGCUCGACAUUGACUACGGAACCUACCCUUACGUCACGUCGUCGUCGACCACCAUUGGCGGUGUCUGCACCGGUCUCGGUAUCCCGCCCUUUGCCAUCAAGCGCGCUAUUGGUGUCAUCAAGGCCUACACCACCCGUGUCGGCGGCGGUCCCUUCCCCACCGAGCAGCUCAACACCAUCGGCGAGACCCUCCAGGAGGUCGGCGCCGAGUACGGCACCGUCACUGGCCGUCGUCGUCGCUGCGGCUGGCUCGACCUGGUCGUGUGCAAGUACUCGACCCUGAUCAACGGCUACACCUCGAUCAACCUCACCAAGCUCGACGUCCUCGACGGCUUUGACGAGAUCAAGGUCGCCACCGGCUACAAGCUCGACGGCGUCCUCCAGGAGGGCUUCCCCGCCGACCUCAACCGCCUCGCCGAGGUCGAGGUCAUCUACGAGACCCUCCCCGGCUGGAAGACCGACAUCACCAAGAUUGCCACCUUUGACGCCCUCCCCGAGGCCGCACAGAAGUACGUCGCCUUUAUCGAAAACUACCUCGGCGUCAAGGUCCAGUACAUCGGUACCGGCCCCGCCCGCGAGAGCACCAUCACCUGCUUCUAA